UCAUAAUAUUUUUCUGAAAAAUUGGAAAAUAUAUAGACCUAUACAAUUACCCAAAUAUAUUACGCCAAACGUUAAUGGCUCGUUUUAUUUGAAGGGGAGAAGAAGGGCGUUGGAGAGUUCCUCAGAGAGAAAAAAACCAAACAAAAAAACGCAUCUAUUUUUGAGCCAAUCAAAUAGACGCAGCAGGAUCGACCUUCUCACUUUCAACAUAUUUUUCUUCCGGCUAUAGGUUACUCCUUACAUUGUUGCAUGUUGAUUACUGCGAUGAAGGACAGAGAUGAUAACCUGAAAAUGAAUUUUAGUUUGCAGAGAAUAACAACAGAUUGACUGCAGCGUGGAAUUUGUCUUUUGUAAACGAUGUACCUGAAGCGUAUUCUCGUUGCCACGACUAUUGGCUUCUUGUGGUAUUUUUCAGAUUACGGAGAAGUUACUCUCCAGUUAGGCGUGUUGAUAUGCGUUCUUUUGUCACUUAAAUUCUUCAAAAGGUCUGUUGAAUGUAGUACACAGACCGAUGAGUUGGCUGAAAGUCCACCAUGCCAGGGAAAAAAUGAGGAGAAAAUAUGCAGUUGUGAUGGGAGCAGUAUAACUAGUUCCAAGGAGGAAUCACUGCACGGCACACAAUAUUUCAAUGUUAAGAGAUCUCUUCAACAAGUGUUUGAGUGUGCAUACAGCCAGACAGUCGUUCCUUGGUACAUUGUGCCUGAGCCCACUACCAGCCAACCUCUCCACGGAGCACUCAAGACCGAGUUUGACCUGUUUGUGGAUCGGCUUAUCAGAAGGACACGAGAAUUUGACCUUUGUGCUGCCAGUGUGGGCCUUAUUCGCAUCCUCACCCAACAUCUGCAUAAUGCAAAGCAGUCUAAAGGAACACCAUGUUUCAGCUCCAGAGCAGAGGAGAUGGCAGUCCUCCGGGUGUUUUCUGAGGCCCUUGUGCGGAAUCUCCUCCCGGAAACCCUUUGGGACCUUGAACUCUACCGCUGUAUUUUAAAUGAAGUAGUUGCUGUGAAAGUGUUAGACCUGCUAGUGACUUGGCUCUCCGACCCGGACAAUCUUAACCAGCUGGUGGUGAGUCAGCUGGAUGAAGUGGCGUUCAAGAGAUCGGUGGAUGACCUGUGCGAGUCUGAGAGAGAGGACAGAGCCUCCUCCCCAGAGACUGAAGAUGCGGGAGCCUCAGCAGAUGAUGCAGAGGAUGUCAGCAGAAAGAAAAAGAAACACGGUAAGAAAUUAAAAGAGGGAUGGUCAAAAUUUCUCGAUAAAAUGAAGUCAAAGAAGGCCAAAAAGAAGGAACUGAAGAAGAAGGAGAGGGAGCUCAUGUUAAGGGCCUUGGCGGACCAGAGCCCAGCUUCCUAUGCCAGGGAUUGUGGAGCCGGCAGCAGCACAGAGGGCUCCGUCAAAAGUCAAACGGACUCCGAUAGUGAAGAGGACAUGGACCUGGAGGCCUACCUCACAGGUGUUCAGGAGGACAUGAUGGAGUUUAAGUUGUCUUAUGAAAUGUGGAGAGUGGGGAACUGGAUUGUCACAGUCAAUAAUGUUCAGCGAGAGAGUGAGGAGUUAUGCUUUGCAGUUCAUCUUGAAGAGAGAGACAACACUGACAAUCUUCAGUGGGAUGUGAUUAAGACACAAACGGACCUCCUCCAUUUCCAUAGCCAAUGGCAGGACCUGUCAAGUCUACCAUCAAUUUCUGCAGUAGUUGAUGACAAAGGGAGGGAUCUGGAUGAAGAAUUUAAAGUGGAAGCUAAGGCCAUUUUGCAGAAUUUUCUUCAGGAACUGGUCUCAAAUUCAGAGUUUGGCCACAGCCAGCCCGUGUUUCAGUUCCUGUGUCCAUUGGACAAGCUAUUGAGUGAAGAAGAACCUUGUGGAGGAGUGUGGGGUCUUCUCAGUGGCAUUGCCUACUUCCUGACUCCUGCACAGGAGGAAGAGGAGAGCAAUAGCCCCGUUGCAGUGGUUAACUCAGAGGCUGUGAAGACUACGGCCUUGAUGCAUGAGCCAGAGGUUGCCCAGCUGACUACAGUGAAUAACCAGGGAGAACACGCUGAAGGAGAUGCUAUGGAACCUCAUCACACAGUCCUCCAAAGUGUUUCUGACACUGCUUCCAACGAUACCAAUGGGGCUGAGGAGAGUGAACCUGCACUGACCAAUGAUGACAGAUCUGAGGGGUUAGAGGAUCCCAGUGAUCAAUCUGGAGCCAUAAUCAGUGGGCUUUCCAGUAUUGCUGAAAGUUUUGAUGAAUUUCUGGCCAAAGCUAGAUCUGUGAUUCCCAAAGUGCAUUAUACAAUAUUCGAUCAAAAUUCAGACUCAGUGUUCAAUGAUUCUUGGCCGCAUCUGAUGAACAAAACAAGUAAAAGGGACACACUUUUACACAGAAUGUCUGCUGUGAGGCACAAGAGCAAAGGUGGCUUGACAAAGGUGGAUUUGCAUACCCAGACCGAUUUGGAGAAAAACACUAACCAGUCUUGGGAACAUCUGGAAGCUACUAAGGCAAUAUUUGAGUUGCUAAAAGAAAUAUCUGGUAAUUCAUUCAUCCUCAACAUAUUUGAUGCUAUUCUCAAACCCGUCAUGCCUUUGGUGAAGAAGAAAGUGAAUAGCUUCUUGGACAAAAUGAACGCCACAGAAGCACAAGUGGCAUCCUACAUUGACACUGCUCGGGAGAAGCAGUGGCCUGAUGGUGCUGCUGGGGUGCAGAGACCUCAAAGGCGUCCAGAGGAGAAGACAGAGACAAGAGAACGAGCUCAACAGCUCAUCAAUACCAGAUAUUCAAACUACCUGAUACUCAAGAAGACUGAUGUGGAAACAGUGUUUAAGAUCUUCCAAGAGACAGAAGAGAACAAGAAACUGGUUUAUAUGCUGCUUUCAUUCCUGUUGCAUGAAUUCUUGCCUGGAGAACCUGCUCUGGACGUAAUGGCUCAGCUAUAUGUGAAAGACAUCAUUUGAUUUCAAACAGAACCUCUCAGGGACUUUUUCUUAGCAGUUUAUUUAUAACUUAAUGUAUACAUUUUAACACUCCAAAGUAUUGGUCAUGUAAUAUUUUAGCAAAAAUGUCUUUGAAAUAAUUCAUGCCUUUGUAUGUAUGAAGCUCAAAAUGUGACUUAAUGCACUACUGUGAAGACAUUUUUAAUUGAUUUCCUAUCUCUGCCAGCUCUACAUAAUUGUAGAUAUGGCAUUUGUGAAGUUUUUUUCCCCGGUUUAUUGUUAAAUAAUAUCAUAAACUUUACUCUGAAGUAACGCAUCAUUUUAAUAAUUGGACAGGACAAUGAAUCAUCACUAAUCACUUUAAAUAACUUUAUUUGAUUAUUGAUGACCUAAUUCUUGAGCACUUUCAAUUAAAUAUAUAUUUUCACUAAACGUUUUUGACGUUCAUGUCACUUUGGGAUAUGUAUGCAAACUGUAUGUGAACAGCAAUUCAACUUGCUGUACAGUGUACAACAAAUAAGCAGAAGUAUAUUUCUGAACAAGCAGACUUUUCAUAUUAAUUAUUCCACAAAUAAUGAACCACAUUGGUCUACUUUAAAAACUGAAACCAGUUUAAGUAUAAGCAGCCAAAGGUUGUGGCUUUAGGAUGUUAAUAGACACAACUGUUACCUUUUAAACAUGUUUAUAUAAAUAUAUGUUUGUGUCGGGAGAUUAGAGGGUGUAGAGACAAACAGGUAGGCUAAUUUCUGCAUAUGCCAAUAAAAGUGUUCUUGUCACCUGCAA